AUUUUUUUCGUGCUGCAGUAUUUUGUGGUAUUUUUCAUAGACCCUGUACACGGUAUUAAUCAGCUGUGUUCUCACAAAUGCGUUUCAGCUGCUCACCGAAAUUCAAUGUUUUGAUUUUGCGAAAUGCCGGGAAGGAAGGCACGGCGAAAGUUAAUCAAGAAGCAGCAGAGGAAGCGGCGUCGUCAAAAACAUGCCAAAGAACGUGAUAAACUGGAGGAAGAGGCGGAAAACCAAAGACUUAUGCAGCCGGAGUACCAGAAAUGGUCGCAGGAACAGGAGGAAAUGCAGGAAUUCCAACGACUAGCCGACGAACGGGAGCGCCAGUUGGCGGAGGAGUCCUGGCUGCGACGCGAAGCCACAGCGCAGCGACAAUUCCAAAUGGACGAGGCGAAGAAGCGUCAGGAGCAGGAGGAAGUGGAGCGUUUGCAGCGGGAACAGGCGAAAGAGCGGGCGGAACGGGAGGAGAGACAGCGGAAGCAGCGCGAGGAAGAGACACGAAAAGCCGCCAAGGCUGCCGCCGAAUUCGAUGCCAUGAUGGAGAGCAUGGAUGAGUAUCUGAACAACCCGCGUAUCGAGAAGCCACCCAGCCACCUUCUGCGUGUAAUGGAGACGCAUCCGGAGGAACGAGCCUGCGAGUUCUUUAGCCGCACCAACUGUUGCCGCUACGGUCACGCCUGCACCUUCAACCAUCGCCGCCCGAUGCUGGGAAGGAUCCUUCUCAUCCGGCACUUCUUCAACCAUUCCAUGCUGCAGAAGCGAUGCACGCACAAGGAGUACGCCUCGGCGGAGGAACACCUGGAAUUGACCGAACAGGAUCUGCGCCACGACUACGAUGAGUUCUUCAACGAUGUCGUCGAAGAACUGAGAAAGUUCGGCACCAUUGUCAACUUCCGCACGGUGCGCAAUACGCUGGAACACCUCAGGGGUCACGUCUUUGUGGAGUACACAAACGAACGAUCUGCACUUCGCGCAUUUACCAAUCUCCAAGGUCGCUACUACGCCUCCAAGCGACUAAACGUGGAGUUCUCCAAUCUGAGGACCUGGCGCGGCGCAGUCUGCGGUACGUGAACUGCAUGCCAAGAGGAAGCCGUAACGACUGCGGCUAUCUGCACCUGUUUGGCAAUCCGAACAACCUGUUCAACACGGAACUGGAGUACACCAGCGGUCCACGCAGUGAACGACGCUCCAGCCAAACUCCAACGGCCAAGACACCCAGUUGGGAUGAGCACAGCGAGCACGGCAGGAACUGGCGCUGGUCGGCAAGCCCCGAGGUUGAACUGGAAAACUCCAAGGACUUGGGCAACCGAGGUCGGGAUCUCAAAAACAACCAACAGCGGAAUCAUCAUUCCAGGUCAAGAAGUGACCGGAGUUCCGUGCGCUCUAAAAGAGAGCACAGCUCCUCGGGAUCUUCACAUGACGAUCGCAGAUCAAAGAGGCAUCAUCAUCAUCACAACUCCACAACACCCGAUCAUCAGCACAACCAUUGCCAAUAAAAACCAAAGUAUU